CGCCUGCAGUAUCAACUCAUCAGCAAAACAAUCCGUUGUCUACCGGAUCUAUGCGGUUGCAAUGAUCAAGGAAGCUACAAUAAGCUACAAUAAAACCUCGCUGUCACUUGCACAUUCCUUAUUACUACUUUGUCGCCAUGCUCAAGUGUCAUGUCUUCCAUUCAGGAUCAGAAAUAUCUCAACCAUGUCUCUUCGGAUCACCAAGGACGUUGGUACGUCCAGAAAUACUGAUUUGAUCUCGAGCCACGACGUGGGAGAAGAUAUUCAGAGACCAUCGAAUCUUUUUGGACUUUCCUCAGGACUAGCCAGGACCUAUCAGGAUACAGAAACUAGGAGUGCUGUUGUGAAAUCAUUUUCUGAUGUUAUUCCUAGUUUCAUCUCACUAAAGAGGACACUGAACAUGGAUACUUUAUGCGAUCACAACUUUUCGCUCUUACCCAUUUGCUGAUAUCAGCUUCAAGUAUCCAGGAUUUCGCAAAUUUCGCCGUGCGAUGCGUUCCGUUACUCAUCGUUUUUCCGGUCGAGGGACAAAAGUUUUACCAUUCUUAUCGAAAACGCGACAGCAAUGGCCAUCUUACUACUGGUGAAGGCCUAGGCCCAUACAUUCAAUUUUAUCCUAUAUCCUUCGAUACGCCUCCCCGACCAUCGCGAUGCGCCUUCUCUGCUCUCAGCAUGAAACAUUACUUUGUUCCACCAUCGUAUCGUUUUUAUUUCCUACUCUUUGCUUUCCUAGAGCAAUGUGAAGGCUCCAUUCUUCUCCUUAU